ACCUUGCCUGUGCCUGUAGUCUGUCCGCUGCCGCAGUCGCAGUUGUGAUGCUGUGCCUGUGCAGUAGAGUAGGUUGUGGUCGUGCUGUUCGCUGCUGUCAGUGCUGCUCGCUGCUCGCUGCCCCUCUCCUCCUCCUCGUCACUCCCUCCACGCUUCUGACCAGCUGAUCCCCCUUCCCCUCUACAGCUGAUAGUUCUGGCCUAUAUCGAAACUCGGCAGUUACUCCAAUUGCGUAUCCGCUAACUUCCAAGGCAUUCAAGCAGUCUUAAAAAUGAGGAAUUCCAACUUACUCAAAUGGGGCCAAAAUAACAAACAUUUUGACAAGACGCAGAACCGGAAUUGGAUACACCAGCCAGAAACAUUACAGAAGGGUCACAUUGCUUAUCUAGUCAAGUUUUUGGGUAACACAGAAGUGGAUCAGCCAAAGGGAAUUGAAGUUGUGAAAGAAGGAAUAAGAAAGCUAAAAUUCAAUCAACAACUUAGGAAGUCGGAAGGUUCUAAAAUUCCAAAAGUGGAAUUAACCAUCAGUAUAGAUGGUGUAGCAAUACAAGAGCCGAAAACAAAACGUAUAAUGCAUCAGUACCCAUUGCAUAGAAUUUCUUAUUGUGCUGAUGAUAAAGGAGAGAAAAGGUUUUUUAGUUUCAUUGCCAAGGAAUCUGGGGAUAAUGAACAACAUUCCUGUUUUGUUUUUGUCAGCAAAAAUUUGGCAGAGGAAAUUACGCUUACUAUUGGCCAGGCUUUUGACCUCGCUUAUAAGCGGUUUUUGGAGACUUCUGGGCGAGACCUUGAAGUGCAGAGGAGAUUGAUAGUUCUGCAGCAGAAUGUGAAACAGUUGGAAGUUGAAAAUACAGUUCUCCGACAGAGAUUAAUGGAUUUUGCAAGUGGACAGAUACAGGAUGUGGAUGAAUAUUGCAGACACAACAACAUUUCUGACAUCACAGAAGUGCGUUCCAGUUUCAACUCCAAUGUGACCAACCACACCCCUCCAAAUGGCACUCAGGCUAAUGGUACUAAUGGUACUAAUGGAUCCAUGCUGCUGUUGAAUCUGAGCAUCCCCAGUCUGAACAACGGCACCAGUUCUGCAGCUCCACCAGUGCCCCCUCGCUUCUUCCAGUCUAAGCCAUUCACUGACACUGACCUCAUUGGAGAUAUAAACUCAGGGCCGACAGUGGGAACUAAACUAGAAGGGCUCUUGAUGGAUGAACUUGAAGAGGAUUUCAAUCCAAGAGCUUGUGAGAAUCUGGCCAACAACAGCCAGUGCAUCAUCAACAACAAUGGAAAUAUACUACCACCUUCCCCCUCUUCACCACCACCACUGUUGGCACCACCACCAAAACCUGUGCAUGCCAGACGCAGUGUAACCAAGCAAAGUGUCCCCCACCAUGUCUACUCCAGACAUUUUCAGCUCCCCUGCCCUCACACCCAGCAGUGCUGACCCUUUCGGCAUGGGAGACUUCAGUGCUUCUGGGACUGAACCUUCCCAAGUGGAGUUGGAAAAUGCUAUUGGUUUACUUGACAGGAAGAUAUUGGAAAUGAAGGAUGGAUUUAGCCGAGGACUGUCUUUUGGAAAUGAGGAUUUUUCUCUAGAGAGCUUAGACCCGCUGAGAAAAUGAUGACGCCUGAACAACAGUAUUUCAUCUUUAAACAAGUGGAAUAGUUAACAGUUUGUCAGUGCACACAUAUUUUCUCGUACCCACACCAAUAACCAACAAAUAAUUUCACAUAACUUAAUUAAGUAAAUAUAAUUAUAUUUUUGCUUGAUAGAUUAUACUUUUGUACCAAUACCAUGACAUGACCACAAUGCAAAAGCUUAAUAUUGUUUAAUAGCCGUUGAAAACAUAUUCUAAAUUUUAUUUUCAAAUGUUAUGUAAAGUGUCAUAUAAAUUAACACUUUUACUAACAAAAAGCAUAGUAUAUAAAGCAAUAUAAAAAUGUAUAUUCUUGUGUUCAAAAUACAACAUAACAUUACGUACUACACUCAGUAAGGGGAUGCUUUUAAUUGCAAACACGUUUAGUGGAAAAAUUGCUGUUAUACAGUAGUAUUAAAAAGAUGUAUUUUUGGAUUAUUUAAGUACACUGUACUCAAAGUUCUCAGUGUAAAAAUAUAUUAUGUGUAGCAUAGCUGUACAUAAAAUAAAUUAGUUUGUUGUCAUUGUAGUUAUACAGUAUAACUGUAUUUGGAAAUUGUUGUAGAGAAAUUCCUGAUUUUGAAAAUAGAAAAUAACUAAGGAUCAAGAAUUUUAUUUUAAUUUGUUAUUUUUGUAAUAUUGAUUCAAACUUUACACAGUAUAGUGGAAUUUAAAUUGUAAUGUAAAAGCAUUACUGUUAUUAUAAUUGGGAUGAGGCAGUAUAAGUAGUGAAUUGUAUUUUGGACAUUGAUAUAAAAGUUUAAAUGAUUACACCAAUGUUUUAAUAUUUUAAUACUGUUGUUACUUUUAUAUUACUUACUGUUUGUUGGGUUCAGAACGAUGCAACUGUUGUGCUGGGAAUGAACAGAUCUGAAACAUCUAUGUUUAUUGUGAUUUCUGCUAACAUUUCUCAAAGCAUAUUUUAUAGUAAUAUUUUAAGUAAAAACUUUUAAUUUUUUAGUAUUAUCGUAAGAUCUUUAAAUUACGUGUAUAUGGGAAUUUUGUGGAUUCUGACCCUUAUUGUGUUAUUGAGUAGAUUUUAACAUGUUUUUGUUCUUGUAUAAAAGAGUUUAUAGACAGUUGCUUGAGUAGGCACAUGUACAGAUCACAAGUUAGCUGGUAGAACAUCACCUACACUACAGUAGUAUUAAUGGGUAAGGAAACGUGUUGAUGUACAGAUACUAGACUGAGAGUAUUGUUUUCGGACUUGUUUAUUGUUUGUCAUAGACUUUGCUAUUAAGUUGGGAUAGAACUUUGUAUUGAAGUCAAAUGUGCAAGUUAAAAUAAUACCUAGGUUCUUGACUUUAAUCUACCAAUUGAGCCUUGUAGAAAUAUUACAACUAGCUUGUUUAUAUGUAAAAUAGAGUAUUUUGGUCAUUCUAACAUAGAGUAUAUAUUUUUGUAUUUGUUUCUACCCUUAAAUAUAAUUGGGUUGAAUAGUGUAAAGAAUCAGAUAUUUUGUAAAUACUGCAGUUAAGUUUAUUGUGCAUUUCUAUGGAAGAACAUUAAGGUAAGAACCACAGUUAUUUACCGAUAUCAUGGCCCUAACAUGAGGAUUGUGGGGCUGCCAGAGCAAUGGGUCUAGGGGCUGAGGUGGGGGGAACAAAAAAUAAAUAAUUUUAAAUAAUGCUCCUCUCUUGGACCAGUGGCAAGAAAAUCAUUUGUCUGUGUCUAAUAAAGUUUUUUUCUCGUCCAAGAACAGUUUACUCUAUUUUAAAGAAGAAGAAUUAUUGGGAAUUUUAUUUUUACUUACCUGAGCCCUGGAAGAAAAGAUUGUGUAAAUGUGCAUCAGAAAAGAAAAAUUAAAUAUAAUGCAUUUUUUAUUGUAAUCUUAAUGUUAUUUAAUUAUUAUUAUUAUAGCAAGAAGAUUUGGUUGUUUGAGCCCAAGAAUACAAACGUAUUAAUUAAUAGGGUUUUUUGCUAGGACAGUUCCAGUAAGAUAUAUGUAUUCAAUUAGGCCUGAGAGGAAUAAUUGAAUAUAUAUUUUUAAUAUUUGCUUGCCAUGGUCCAAGAAGACAUAAAGCUAGUUUGAUCUGAAUAGAAAGAAAUAGUUGGGGAGUAUAUGUAAUCUUUCUUUGAAAAGCUUUUAAAACACAUGUCAUUUACAUUUUCCGUGACAUGAGUGUAGAAUACAAAAUGUCCUGAUUCCAUGUGAUAUUGGUUUAUUAAUAUGUGAUGUUUCGUAAACUUUAAAUUUUAAUCAAUUUAAAAAUGAUCAAAUCAGUCAGCUAGACAACAUUUCCAUAAUGGCAGGUAAUUUCUAAAGACUUCAGAGAACCCUUUGUUUAACUCUCUGCCCUGCCCCCUUUUGGAUGAUUCAUUGACUACAUCACGUUGAUGAAGGUUCGUGUUGAGUUCUGGCAAAGAGCCCAUAGUUUAUUGUAUGGGCCAUGACCGACCUUGUUUGUUUUUCUGUGAUGAAUGCCUAAAAUCUUGUAUGUAAAAACUCAUUUUAAUGUUAUUGUAAAGGUCUUUAAUAAAUAUAUACGUAAAUGUUAUUUAUAUAAAUACUGUUUUACAGACAAGCACCAAAUAUUUUUAACGUAUAUUCACUCCUGAACAAAACUAACAUACCAUUUGUUGUAAUUUUCCAAACAUGUAAUCUGACAUAAUAUAUUGUGGAUUUUUCUCUAUGCUUUCUGAUCAUUUAAGUUUAAUAGUGUAUUAGUAAUAAUUUAAAAAGAUUAAGAGAUACUAUGAGAGGCAGAUUGAUAGAAGCGAUAAGAGAAUAAAAGGAAAAAGUCUACAGUCAGGCAAUUAUACCACACCAGAUCCAUUAGAAUGCUGGAAUUUGUGUAUUUAAAUACUUACCUUUAAGGUAAUAGUCAAUAUUGUGGUACGUUAAUUUUGUUCAUUUGUGUAUGUACAUAUAUUUACUAUUACAUGCAUAUAUAUAUAACGUAUAUCUAAAAUUUUAUAUAUAUAUAAAAUGAAGUGUUUAUAAAUAGUUUAUGAUUUGUGUAAAUUGAGAAAUAAAAAAAUAUAUUUAUGUAAA